AUGUCCUCUGACGUCGUCUCGAACCCGCAAGCUCCCGCACCAGGCGAAUCCAAGAGCGCUCGCAAGAAGAAGGCCAAGGCAGCCGCGGCAGUGCCCGCUCCCACCGAGAAGCCUACUUCCGAACUCGGCGCGGGUAGCUCUGACCCUGCAGGAAAGGCCAAUGGUGCCGAGAGCGACAAUUCGUACAUCAGGGAGCUUCAGAAGAACGUCCGCAACGUCAACAAGAAGCUAAAUAAUAUCCAAAGGGUCGAAGCUAUACUUGAAGCCAACCCCGGUGCCUCCCCCGACGAACUCGUAGCUUCUCGGAAAAUCAACGCCGAUCAAAAGGCGCAGCUCGACAAGAAACCGAGCCUUCAAGGCCAGCUUGCCCAGUUGGAGGAACAGCUCUCCCAGUACAAGAAGUUCGACCAGGAGUAUCAGAACAAAAUUGCUCAAGAGAAAGAGCUCUUGCAGAAGUCAUAUUCGGAGGAGCUUGAGACGUUGAGGGAUACUUUGAAGACAGAGGCGGUGCUGGAACAGAAGAAGAUCUUCCGGGAGAAGUUCCUCACUCUGUCCCGCUUUCUGAGGGCUGCUGCUGCUCGACGUCAGCUUGAGGAAGACGACUCUGACCUCACCAAGGCUUUUGAGGGUGCACUGCUCUUGGUAUAUGGGGGCGAUGCUCAAGCGGUCGCAGCCGCUGAGAAGCUGAUCGACGGAACCGACGACAAUGUCUCCUCAACAGAGGGCGUGGCAUUAAGCGUCACUUGUACGUAUUUUGGGAAAUUCGGCGGGCUUCGGACAGACGCACAAAUCAAACAGGCUGCGCUUGACGAGGCUCCCUUCGCAGCCGAGGAGGCCUGGGUAGACGACGUUGCACAGGCACAGCCCGCCCCUCCUGAGACUGAGGCCACCCCCGCUACCUCCACGGACCCUACCAUUGCGAAUGCGGGCCUUACCGAGAUCGAUACAGGUGUAGCCGCUGUCAACGGCGGCGCGGAAUCGGCAGAGACCCCGAGCGCCCCCCCGGCGUCUAGCAUAGACGACGGCGCUGCCAACGCCGCUGCCACGGAGCAAUGGGACAAGCAGCGGUCCGGCUCGGAUGAUCCGCUCGCAGAAUCCUACGAGAUGGUACCGCGCGAUCCUACCGAGACCGAGAGCCCAGCGGUUGCCGCCCCGAUGAACAGUGUUCAGAGCUGGGCGGAUGACACUCCGGAGCCGGCGCCGACGACAACCCCAGCACCCGCGAAUGGCAAUGAUGGAUUUCAUGAGGUCCAUCACAGUCGAGGCGGUCGAGGCCGAGGCGGACCCCAGGGUGAAGGCCGAGGUGGAUUCAGGGGCCGAGGAGGACCGCGAGGCGACUACCGUGGACGAGGACGCGGUGGUCGCGGUCGUGGAGAAUUCCGCGGUGGCCCACGAGGCAGCUACCGCGGAAGGGGCGAGUCGCAAUAG